AUGAACACAUCCGCACCACACGAAGAGGAUUCUACGGACGAUGAGGCUGCAUCCGACGCGACCGAAGACGAUCCGCAGGUCCCUGAACAACAGGCAGCCCCACCGCCUCAACCCGCACCUGCACCCUCGACUUCCGGAGGCCCUGGCCGCGAGCGACCAAACUACGAACUUCGGCAUGUCCUUAGAGGACACACUCAAUCCAUAUCCUCUGUAAAGUUCAGCCCCGAUGGAACGUUGCUGGCUUCUUGUGGGAACGACAAGGUCGUCAAAAUUUGGUCACCGUAUACCGGAGAACUCAUAAGGAAUCUUAACGGACACACGAAAGGCUUGUCAGAUAUUGCCUGGUCAUCGGAUAGCGUGUAUCUGGCGUCAGCAUCGGACGAUACCACAAUUCGUCUAUGGGAGGUUGACACCGGACUGACGGUCAGAACGCUGAAGGGGCACUCAAGUUAUGUUUUCUGUGUCAAUUACAACACCGCCUCCAAUUUGCUCGUUUCCGGGGGGUGCGAAGGUGAUGUUAAAAUAUGGAACGUGGCGAAAGGCAAAUGUAUGAAGACCUUGCACGCUCACCUGGACUACGUGACCGCGGUACAUUUCAAUCGUGAUGCAACCUUGAUCGUCUCGUGCGCCCUGGAUGGUCUUAUACGGAUAUGGAACACGACAUCAGGCCAAUGUUUGAAAACCCUGACCGAAGGCAACGAUGCGAUCUGUCAACAUGUCCAAUUUUCACCUAAUUCCAAGUACAUCCUCUCCACUGCCCACGACAGCGCGAUUCGCCUUUGGGACUACCAAACGUCGCGCUGUCUGAAAACCUACGUCGGCCACACCAAUCAGAAGUACUGCAUUUUCGCCUGCUUCAGCGUCACUGGGGGAAAAUGGAUAGUGUCUGGCAGCGAAGACCACAAGGUGUACUUGUGGGACUUGCAGAGCAGAGAAGUGGUACAGACACUCGAAGGCCACACCGAUGUGGUUGUGGCAGUCGCGACCCACCCGCAGCAAAACAUGAUUGCAUCCGGCUCCAUCGACUCCGACCUCGCGAUUCGCAUAUGGGUCGACACUGUACGAAGCACUUGAAUGCACAUAUCAAUCAUCUGUGCUUGUCGUGGUCCAAUCGAAGGUUGUGUUAUUAUACAUCGGCAGUCAGUUCUGGUUAUGGAUGUUCGCGCUCUUCGUGUAUUGUAGUAACGUAUAGGUAAAUCCAUGAAUCUGCCUACGCAUUGAUUUGGACACUCUAUUGACAUUGUAGUCAUCACCCGCGCGAUGAGAAUCGCUUUUGCUGCUCAUGGCGACUCUUCCCAUCGCGGAUUAUUCAUACUCACUCUUCUGUGGAACGCGCUUGAACGCUGAGUAAGGCUUUGAUCAACCGUUCCGCGAGCACUUCGUGCACGUCGCCGGUUAUAUGGAGAUCGUCAAGCCAAAAAUUACCGCCCUCUUCAGCGAUAUCGUCAUCGGUGAAGCCAUAGUUC